AUGGUCAAGGGAAUUGUUACGCCGAGUCCAGCGACGGUUGGAAGUAACUCGGCUGGACUGACCAACUCGGCGGACUCGGCGAAUGCGAUGAUCACGGACGCGACGGCGGACGAGACGCGCACCGUCCAGUUCGAUGAGGAGGAUGCCCAAGACCAAGAAAUUGUGCGCAACCUGGCGGCCGAGCUCGGCAAUGAUACGGACGACGAAGAUCAUGCCGCCGCUCAAGGGGAACGUCCGCCCCUGAUCCCGCGAGCGACGAGGAAUGCGGAUACGCCAAGUGCGAACAAGGUUCUGGGCAGGCUCGGAGAGGAGAUGCGAGCUCAGAGUGAGUGGAUGAUGAUGUUUGCCCCAGUGGCGAUGGCUCAGGCGAGAUGGCCGGUGCUAGGGCCCGAGCUGACUCAGCCGGUGAACAGCACCGACAUCAACCAACUGGUCGAAGACGCGGUGCUGCUACUCAAGGCGAUGGGGUUCCGGUGCACGAGCCGACCCAACAGCCUGCUACUCGGCGAUUGGGACCCCAGCCGAGCUUCACGCGAAAUCCUCAAGUGGAAGCGUCGGUUGAGAGUCUCGUUUGGUCUCGAGCGGGGGACCGUUGGAACUCGGCAGACUAUUGCGAAACGAGUGGCUGAUACUCCGAAGACCGUCGAAGACCCCAGCAGGAUUCCCCUGCCGAAGACUCCCGAACGCAAGAGAGCCGAGGUGUUCCGCUCUACUGAGGGUACGCCGUAUUUCGAAGAUUCGCAUAUGAAGACGCCAACGCGUGGCAAGCAGCCAAGUGGACGGUACGCUGAGUUGUUUGACGCUGCAGACGCAGCCGAGCUCAGCGGCAGCGACGAUGGGCGCGAGUACCUGAACUCGGCUGAAGAGUCGGUGAAGGACGUCAUCAAGCACCUUAGCUUCGAUGACGCUGAAAGUGAUCGGACGCAAUACUUGGAGUUUGACCAGUCGGCACGAGCUCGCAAUUACUCGGCUCAGCGCAAAGACAACGAGCUGGUGUGUGACUUCCUCGUUCGUCUCAACGGAUAUGCGAAGUCGGCGAAAAUCCAGUACGAGGCCGGUGGAGCGGAUGCUGCUGACCAUGUGGAACACUUCCUGUUGCACUGCGGAGAUGAUGACAUCAUGGAUCUGCUCUAUCCGCAACAGCUCGCCGACAUCAAGAAGGCCGAGAAGAUCAUCAACCAGAAGAUCCUGGGGGAGCGCCGGAAGAAACAGCGCGACCGUUUCGUCGAAAGCCGCAGCCGAGACGCCAAGCGCGCCGAUUCGCCAAGGCACUCAGAAGCUCGGCGGACGACAGCGCUGCUGGAGGACGACCCGUAUGAGCUGGCUGAGAGACGCCAACCCAAUCGGCGAUCCAACCUCUACGACUCGGACAGCGAUCAGAGCGACGGCAGCCAGCUGAGCUACUCUGACUCGGCUGUAGACUCGGAAGCCGAUUGCAUCGACACCGGGUUCACCAGCGACCGCGACCGUAGAUCGGGGGGCCGAGGGAACUCAGCUGGGACACCAAGGAGUGAUCACCGAAGGGGUCAGCCGAGCUCGGCUGACCGCGCCAGUCGAGGAUUCGAUCGGCGUGACCAGACUGGGCGGCGCGGUGACUCCCGUGAACGCUCAUCGUAUGGACCUUGUGCUGCCUGCGGCGGUGCGAACCACUCCGUUCACUACUGCCGCCGUCGCUGCAAGUUCUGCAAGCAAUUGCACGAUGUCGGUCAAUGCGAGCUGUUCCAGCGCUAUGAGAAGCUCGCCGCAAUUGUCAAGUCCAAUGUCGACAAGUCCAAGUUACCUGAAGACCUCCAGGACCUUUACACGCCGAGUGAUUUAAACUCGGCGGCCAGCCAACACUGA